AUGGACGCAAACUCCCUCCGUGAAGCUGCCGGGUUCCUCGACCGCGGGCGGGAUAAUGCGCGGCGUAGAGUUAGCCAGGCGACAGAGCGAACGCUCAACAUGGCCGGCCAGUUUCAUCAGCCACAGCCGUCCCAGUGGAUGGUUUCUCUCGAACACUCGCGCGCCUUGCUCGAUGGGGAGUGCCUCACACCCGAUGGAGAGGAGGAGGACGAUGAGGACGACUUCGUGUCCAUCCCCCGACCCUACGAAGACUCAAGAAGGGAAAUCCUUCUGCAAUCCGAAAGAGACGAUGAGCAUACGAGCAAUACCUCGGAAGAGAAUGCUGACGCAGAGGGAAGUUGGGCUGGCUAUAGUAGCUCUUGCUAUGACUCCGACUCGGACGAUGAUGGACGGCCGCGGGACUCCGGAGACGGGCUUCUCCCUCCUCCUCCUGAGGCGCCUGGCGGUGAAGACACUUCGCAUACUGCCAGUCGCAGCUCCGAGCCCAUCCGUCUUUCAGCCCUCGCGUCUCAUCCCGCAUUCUUACCCCUCCUGCUGCAACACGGCACCGAGUCACGCCUCCGCCGCACUCGCCGGACCCGCUCGCCAUCCCACUCCCCUCAGCAAGAAGAUGCAGACGCCCAAGGAACGGACUAUGCAAGACACUCCCCCUCCGGCCCUGCAACACCCAUGACUCUAACUUAUUUCCAAUACGCAGCGUGGUCCAAUUCAACCUACGCGCAAGUUGUGGCGAAGUGCCUUGCUAUUGUGGAGGCGGUGUGGAGAAGGGUAUACGGAGGGAAUGAUGGAAAUGCCACCCGGGAGGACCUGAUUCCCAUUGAGGAAGAGUACGUGGAAGCGCCAUGA